GUCACGUGAUCUACAAAACAGCGAUGACCUCUCUCGGAAGCUAAUCAGGGCUAAACCUAUGUGCUAACAUUUGGACACAAUGGACCAGACUAAACAAGAGGAGGAUUAUGGAUACGGCUUAUUCCCGGAGAGGAAGAGGGCUCAGUCCAGCAAAGGGUUCAUCAGGGACAGCUUGUUCACUUUCCACCACAGGUGUCAGUUCAUGCUGCAGGUCGCAGUGGACAGCAGUCCCUAUGCUAAACUCCUCCUCAACGCCAUGAAGAGUUCAGGAUGCAAAGUGUUGAAAGACCGACAUUUCUCCUGUGAAGAUUGUGACGGGACGGUCAGCGGCGGCUUUGACGCGAUAUCUUCUCAAAUCGUUUUGUGUCAGAACAACAUCAGCCAGCAGUCCCACAUGACUCGAGUGGUCACACAUGAGCUCAUCCAUGCCUUUGACCACUGUCGGGCCCACGUGGACUGGUUUAACAACUAUAGACAUCUGGCUUGUUCUGAGAUCCGGGCAGCCAACCUCAGCGGAGACUGCACCUUUAGCAAUGAAGCUGCCAGAUUCAACUUCGGCUUGAAGGAGCAUCAUCAGGAGUGCGUCAGAGACCGUGCCCUUCGCUCCAUCCUAGCUCUGAGGAACAUCAGUCGACAGGAGGCGGAGAAGAUAGUGGAUGAAGUCUUCGACACGUGUUUCAAUGACCACGCGCCUUUUGGACGAAUCCCACACAGCAAGAAGGAUGCCAAGUUCGCCAGCAGAGAUUACGAGAACAGAGGGCGAUAUUAUGCAAACCUUUAGUGUCACCACAUUUUCAUUUAACUUCCCCAAGGGUGCUGUGACUGACAGCAACGCUGACAAGAGCUUGACAAGCGUCAGCCGUGGUCAGCGCAAAAAAGGCUCGACAGAAUGACAGUGUGUUGAAAACAAGUAUAUCCCUUCAGAAGGGAUGUUCGGAGAAUGAUUUGUCCUUAGGAGAGGAGAGCGAAGGAAUUUCCUUUUCUAUCUGAUGGACACUAAUUCUGCACAAAGGGAUUGUGAAGGACCCAAUGAUUUAUUUGUCCAUUAUUUGGUUUUAGGUGAUCAUUGGGUGCUUUUAAUGAAAUACAGGAUUUCCUUUAACUGUGUGUUUGUCUUGUUGCCACACUGACCUCCAUUAAUUUCUUGUAAAUAGAGCUGGUUCUGCUGAAAUGAAUCAAAAUCAACUUGUGUUUGAAUUAAAGUCUGCAAUCCU